AUGUCUUACUGUCAUUUACAGAUGGAACCGGGCGGACCCCGUCAACCCCCAGCACACGUGACUGCAACCAGUCCACCUCCAACCUCCGACCACACUCUCCCAGCCCGUCCCAGACAAGUCAAGUCCAGGCCCAGUGCUUUGUCCUCCGUUUGCUUGCCGUGGCCGCCCCUAAAGAAAGUUUCGGUUCUGCGCCACACACAUACCGUCCAAGGUUUGUUGAGCGUUCCAGCGGGGGGUCACCAGUCGGACGGCACCACUUCUUCUGCCGGUCCCCUGGAACGCUUUUCUCCCAGCUGCCUCCGUCAGAGUUGGCACCACGCAGGCCCUGUUGGAAGUUCGGCUAGAGUACGAUACUCUACAAAAGGCCUGCGCUGGGCAGUGUGCACGCCCACGGCUGGCAGCCUACAAGUGGUCAAGGUGGGCUGGCAGCCCUUGGCCGCUCUGGGAAGACUUGGACCCGUCCAUGCUUGGCUUCCCCGCAUCAACGAACGGCCCGCGAAUUGUCAUGGGUCGGCUGUGCAGGGACCAUCCUUUCCUGCACCCGCCCAUGCCAUGGCCCCGAUAUGCACGCAACAGAAAAACCAACCCCACGUUCGUUCGUCAUGCGCCAUUUCGGUCAGAGGAGGCCUUGAUGGCGCAACCACCAGCGACAUCAUCAUCUCCCAACUGCUCUCACUUUACACUCUCAACCGCCACACCCAAUCGCACUGCACCACACAGCCUCGCGCUCUCGCCUCUUUUUCUUCCAUCAAGCCCAACUCCCACGCCUCUCUCGGUCCAUGCCGCGAGCUUGCCAGCGCAGCAAAGGCUCCACUUGGGAGAGCCGACAGUACACAGUCGGACAAUGGGCCAUGGGGACACCAACGUCUACUGUGCAUCCCAGCAGUCACGCCAGCGUGGGCAGAGCAAAGCCCGUCUCGCUUGGAGUAUGCGCUCGGUCGACUGAUCCGAGAAUCCGACCAUGUCCAAUUCUGUAGUAGCCGCCAAUUUUUCACUUUCACCAUGUGGUCCCAUCGCCUGGCUAACACUGACCACCGCGGCCCGGAGUAG